AUGAGUCGUGCCAUUCUCACACAACAUAUUCAUCCAACAGUCUAUAAACAUCAAUAUGAUCCUCAUAAUGUUUGGAAUUUCGAGAAAGAAUGGCGUACGAAACUCUUAUCGUGCUCGCCGACUGGCCGUUUUUGUUAUGCCUGCUUUUGUUCAUGUUGUAUGGGAAGCAAAUUAGCGAAAAAUAGUGGAGAAAAAACGCUUAUCGGUUGUAUGCCAUGUUCAUUACCUUAUCUCCGAACAAAACUGCGAACCGCACGGCGUAUUGAAGGUUCGUGUUGUGAAGACUAUUGUGCGUCACACUAUUGUAUGCCGUGUACAGCAACUCAAAUGGCAAAUGAACUUGAAUCUCAAGGCCUUUGGGAAGUUGCCAAGACGAAGAAGGUUUUUUUUUCCAUUUUCUCUUUCUCCCUCUCUCUGUUCUCUUCAACCUACAUCUCUGAGAGAAACAAAGCGCAACGUCUUCAACUGCAGUUUAUAAAAGACUAA